UGAUAAUCCACAAAACAUGAAAUGAAGAAAUUUGCUAGAAUGAAUAUUUGCUAAAAUUUAUUAAUAAAAGUAUACAAAAGAACAUAUAUUUAUGAUAUAUUAAAGUAGAUUGACGAAGAGAGAGAAUAUGAAGAAUAAUUAAGAAUUUGAUAGAGAAAAGACACUUCAAUUUAAUCAAUCAUCUACCUGAUAAUUGAUAAAUUAUUCUUAUAGACUCUAAAAUAGAUUUUAAUUGAUGAUUUUUAGAAAAAAAUGGGGAAAACUUAAGAUAAGGCUGUAAAAUGUCACAAUAUUA